ACACAUCGUUCAAUAAAAACAAAUCAACUUCGACUGCUCGAAAAGCAGCAGGAAUAUUUAAUACAACGCUGAAACAACUUAAAUUUACUACUCCCAAAAGUAGAAGUGUAUCCAAAUUGUAGCUAUUUUCAGUCGAGAGCCAAGAAGGAGCCUUAAAAAUGACACGCGGCAACCAACGAGACCUGGCCCGCCAGAAGAAUCAGAAGAAGCAGGCGGAUUUGACCAAGGGAAAGCGAACCGAUAACCUCACCGUGGAGCAGAGGAAGGCCAGGGACGCUGAGUUAAUGCGGGAGAAGCAGAAAAAGAAGGAAGAGGCCGCUGCGGCGGGCACAAGCAAAUAGU